UGGUGAGUUCCCCCCAAUAUGGCGGAGGGGCCAGCCGUGCGGAUGGACCGUCUCUCCCACUCUGAUGCUUGUUUUGUGUCUUGAGGGAGGGCGUUUUAUUUUACAUUUUUUUGACAUUCCCUCGCCACCGCCUGGUUUCUUCUCAGAUAGACUGCACUCGUGUUUCUCGGCGGAGUCAUGGCAGACCGCGGCGUGGAUUUGUCCGCCCUGCCAAAAGAGGUUAGAGACCAAUUGGCGGAGUUGGAUCUGGAGCUGUCUGAAGGUGACAUCACGCAGAAGGGCUAUGAGAAGAAGAAAGCCAAGCUGCUGGCCUCCUACAUCUCCCAUUUGCCAAAUGUGGAUCUUUCUCUGCCAGAUGUACAGCUUUCUCCUGGCCACAGUGUCGACCCCAGCCCGAGUCCUGAGGCCCCGGGCCCCUCCACGUCUUCAGCCUCCAGACACCACCGCACACACCGCAGUGGAGGGGCCAGGGAUGAUCGCUACAGAUCAGAUAUCCACACAGAGGCUGUGCAGGCAGCACUGGCCAAACACAAAGAAGAGAAGAUGGCACUGCCCAUGCCAACCAAGAGACGCUCAGCCUUUGUCCAGUCGCCCAUAGAUACCUGCACACCUCCAGACACAUCUUCUGCAUCAGAGGAUGAGGGCUCACUGCGCAGAAAGGCAGCUCUCAGUGCAGUGCUGGCCCAGAGCCUGCAGAGCCCUGAUUACUGGAUCAACCGUUCCGUCCAGAGCUCCUCCACGUCCUCAUCUGCUUCCUCAACCCUCUCCCAUGGAGAGCCCAAGACCCAGCCACAGUCUCAGCCACAGCCCUCACCUGCUGCUUCCUUGUUGGCCGAUGUCCUGGCUCACACACGCAUAGAAAACAGUGUCCCCCCAGAUGUGACAUCCUCCACUCCACAGGAGAGAGGGUCAAGGGUGGACCUGCCUCCGGCGGUCAGGGGCAUGAGCCGUGGACAGAGCCGCUCCAGCAUGCUGGAUACCGCCGACGGAAAAAGAAAAGGCGUGCCUGUCAACAGCAGGGUGUCAACUAAGAUCCAGCAGCUGUUGAACACACUCAAACGGCCAAAGAGACCACCGCUCAGCGAAUUCUUCGUUGAUGACUCUGAGGAAAUUGUAGAAGUGCCCCAGCCAGACCCCAACACCCCAAAGCCAGAGGGACGUCAAAUCAUCCCAGUGAAGGGGGAGCCCCUCGGAGUUGUCAGUAACUGGCCCCCUGCCCUGCAGGCUGCCCUGGCCCGAUGGGGGGCCACCCAGGCCAAGAGCCCUGCCCUCACUGCGCUGGAUAUUACCGGCAAACCCCUCUACACGCUCACUUAUGGUAAACUAUGGAGUCGCAGUCUGAAACUGGCCUAUACACUUCUGAAUAAACUGGGCACCAAGACAGAACCGGUCCUACAACCUGGAGAUCGGGUGGCGCUGGUGUAUCCAAACAGCGACCCUGGCAUGUUCUGGGUGGCUUUCUAUGGCUGCCUGUUAGCCGAGGUCAUCCCUGUGCCCAUUGAGGUGCCACUGUCAAGACAGGAUGCAGGCAGCCAGCAGAUCGGCUUUCUAUUGGGCAGCUGUGGUGUCAGUCUAGCACUCACCAGUGAGGUUUGUCUCAAGGGGCUGCCCAAGACACCAAACGGAGAGAUCAUCCAGUUCAAAGGAUGGCCAAGGAUGAAAUGGGUAGUGACAGACACUAAGUACCUGACCAAACCAUCCAAAGACUGGCAGCCUCACAUCCCCACUGCCAACACAGACACCGCCUAUAUAGAGUACAAAGCGAGUAAGGAGGGGACAGUGAUGGGUGUUGCUGUAUCCAAGAUCUCCAUGCUGACCCACUGUCAAGCCCUGUCGCAGGCCUGUAACUACUGUGAAGGGGAGACACUGGUCAAUGUGUUGGACUGCAAGAAGGAUAUGGGCCUGUGGCAUGGCGUCCUAACGAGUGUCAUGAACAGAAUCCACACCAUCACAGUGCCAUAUGCUGUCAUGAAAGCAUGUCCCAUGUCCUGGGUGCAGAGGGUCCACAUUCACAAAGCACGUGUGGCCUUGGUGAAGUGCCGUGACCUCCACUGGGCCAUGAUGGCCCAUAAGGAGCAGAGGGACAUCAACCUGUCCUCCAUACGCAUGCUUAUUGUGGCUGAUGGAGCAAACCCAUGGUCUGUGUCAUCGUGUGAUGCCUUCCUGAAUGUGUUUCAGUCUCAUGGUCUGAAGCCUGAGGUGAUCUGUCCAUGCGCCACCUCUCCUGAGGCCCUGACUGUGGCCAUACGAAGGCCUGGUGCACGAGGAGCUCCACUACCAGCCAGGGCCAUCCUGUCCAUGGGUGGGCUGAGCCACGGGGUGAUCAGGGUGAACACAGAGGACAAGAACUCUGCUCUCACUGUUCAGGAUGUGGGCCACAUCAUGCCUGGAGCUCUGAUGUGCAUUGUGAAACCAGACGGGCCCCCUCAGCUGUGCAAGACAGAUGAAAUAGGAGAGAUUGUCAUCAACUCUCGGGCUGGAGGCACCAUGUACUACGGCCUGCCUGGUGUCACCAAGAACACAUUUGAGGUGAUCCCUGUUAACCAAGCUGGAGCACCCAUAGGCGAAAUUCCCUUCAGUCGGACUGGUCUGCUUGGAUUUGUAGGACCGGGCAGUCUGGUGUUUGUUGUGGGGAAGAUUGAGGGGCUGCUGAUGGUGAGCGGGCGACGCCACAACGCAGACGAUCUGGUGGCCACCGCGCUAGCAGUGGAGCCUGUCAAAACAGUUUACAGGGGGAGGAUUGCUGUGUUCUCCGUGACGGUGUUUUAUGACGAGAGGAUUGUGAUUGUGGCAGAGCAGAGACCUGACGCCAGUGAGGAGGACAGCUUCCAGUGGAUGAGCCGAGUACUGCAGGCCAUCGACAGUAUCCACCAGGUCGGCUUGUACUGCCUCGCGCUCGUCCCAGCCAACACCCUCCCAAAGACUCCCCUUGGAGGUAUCCACAUCUGUGAAACCAAGCAGAACUUUCUGGAGGGAAACCUGCACCCCUGUAAUAUUCUCAUGUGCCCGCACACCUGUGUUACCAACAUGCCGAAGCCACGGCAGAAACAGCCAGUGGAUGUUGGUCCUGCUUCUAUGCUGGUCGGGAACUUGGUGGCGGGGAAACGGAUCGCCCAGGCUAUAGGCAGAGAGCUGGGUGUGGUGGAGGACCAGGAUCUGAUCCGAAAGCACCAGUUCCUGUCUGAAGCUCUGCAAUGGAGAGCUCAAACUGACCCAGACCAUGUCCUGUAUGUGCUGCUCAAUGCCAAGGGGGUGCCAGUUUGCACCGCCACUUGUGCUCAGCUGCACAAGAGAGCAGAGAAAAUCACAGCUACCCUAAUGGAGAGAGGAGGCCUCAACACCGGAGACAAUGUGGUGCUGCUUUAUCCCCCAGGUAUUGACCUGAUUGCUGCCUUCUAUGGCUGUCUCUAUGCGGGUGUCAUCCCUGUGACGGUGCGACCGCCCCACCCACAGAACCUGGCUGCUACUCUCCCCACUGUCCGCAUGAUCAUCGAUGUGAGCAAAGCAGCCUGCAUCCUCACCACUCAGCCUCUCAUGAGGAUCCUCAGGUCCAGGGAGGCUGCUGCCAGCGUCAACGUCAAGACGUGGCCCACUAUCAUCGAUACAGAUGAUCUCCCCAGAAAGCGGCCUCCACAAAUUUAUAAGCCCCCUACAGCUGAGAUGCUGGCCUACCUGGACUUCAGUGUGUCCACCACAGGCAUGUUGACCGGAGUCAAGAUGUCUCACGCUGCGGUCAGUACUCUGUGCCGCUCCAUUAAGCUGCAGUGUGAGCUCUACUCCUCACGACAAAUAGCCAUCUGCCUGGACCCCUAUUGUGGCUUGGGCUUCGUCCUGUGGUGCCUCUCCAGUGUUUACUCAGGUCACCAGUCCAUCCUUAUCCCUCCCCUGGAGCUGGAGAGCUCGCUGCCUCUGUGGCUGAGCACGCUCAGUCAGUACAAGAUCAGAGACACCUUCUGCUCCUACUCUGUCAUGGAGCUCUGCACCAAAGGUCUGGGCACCCAGACAGAGAUGCUGAAGGCUCGGGGUCUAAAUCUGUCGUGCGUGCGGAGCUGUGUGGUGAUAGCAGAGGAGCGUCCCCGUCUCGCUCUCACGCAGUCCUUCUCCAAGCUCUUCAAAGAUCUCGGCCUGUCGCCGCGCGCUGUCAGCACCGCCUUCGGCUCCAGGGUCAACCUGGCCAUCUGCCUGCAGGGCACUGCUGGACCAGACCCCUCCACCUCCUACGUUGACAUGAAGUCUCUGCGCCACGAUAGGGUGAGGCUGGUUGAACGAGGAGCGCCACAGAGUCUUCCACUCAUGGAGUCAGGCACAAUCCUACCAGGAGUGAGGGUCAUCAUAGUCAACCCAGAGACCAGAGGCCCUCUGGGAGAUUCACAUCUUGGGGAGAUCUGGGUAAACAGCCCUCACAGUGCCAGUGGCUACUACACCAUCUACGGCGAGGAGAGCCUGCAGGCCGAUCAUUUCAACACCAGGCUCAGCUUUGGGGAGCCCCACACUCUGUGGGCCAGGACGGGCUACCUGGGUUUCAUAAAGCGGACUGAGCUAACGGAUGCAAGUGGAGAUCGUCAUGAUGCCUUGUUUGUGGUGGGCUCCCUCGAUGAAACAUUGGAGUUGAGGGGGUUACGCUAUCACCCCAUCGACAUCGAGACGUCUGUAUCCCGAGCCCACCGCAGCAUCGCAGAAAGUGCUGUGUUUACAUGGACCAACCUGCUGGUGGUGGUGGCGGAGCUGAGCGGCUCGGAGCAGGAGGCCUUGGACCUGGUGCCGCUCGUCACCAACGUGGUCCUGGAGGAACACCACCUCAUCGUCGGGGUGGUGGUCAUCGUGGACCCCGGGGUGAUUCCCAUCAACUCCAGAGGAGAGAAGCAGAGGAUGCACCUGCGGGACUCCUUCCUGGCAGACCAACUGGACCCCAUCUACGUGGCCUACAACAUGUGAUCGCCCUUCACCAACUGAUGAAAAUGCAGAAAACUGAGCCAGGCUCUGAAAAAAGACAUGUGGGUGAGCGACACAGGGGUGCAAUCAGUAGUGAUCCCAGUGUUAAACCUCAGACACACAUUCAAAACACCAAACUAUGUGGGAAUGCGAGAACAGUACACGAGUACUGUAAUGAGAACGUGCUUCCCUUUCAGAAACUGUUCUGUCUUUUGCUUCCACCUGCUCAAUCGCUGCAGUCCAGGUUCACUGACUUUUCAACUGAGGGAGAAGGAUGUUUUCUCUCCUCUUGAUAGUAGAUUCAUCUGCCAACUGGAGGAAACGUGAUCUCCUUCCUUUCUGUGCAUCCCACUUCUCCCUCAUAGCUCCAAUUCAUGUUUUUUUUAAAGACCUUUUUAAUUACAUACUUUUAUCAAAGAAAGAAAUCCUCCCCUCCUCCCGUUCCUUGGUUUUUAUCCUGAACCAUUCAUCCCCAUGUGUUUUCUUUGUUUGUUUUUAACCCCCUCGAUUCUUCAAGUCAGGAUGGCGCACUGGAACUGCUGAGAGGAGCUGGAACUUUCCCCUCUUGCACUUUAAGUCCUCGCACCUCUGAGUCCACUUCCUGUCCCAUCUGCCUCAAGGGGACACACCCCCUCCCCCAUGUUUGGUGCUUUUUUACAAGAGCAAAUCCACAUCAGUAUUACAAAGUGCCACCAGCAAGUGCAGCCCACAGGGGCGGUCCUGACAUCACACCUUUUCUACCAGGUGCACCGUGGCUUUCACCUCCCAUCACAUACUGUGUUUGCCAGCAGAUAUGCAUUCAGGCAUUACAAAAUGUCCUAAAAAAACCUCAUGAAUUAUUUGUUGAUGUGGGAAAAGAAAGACUGGCUUCAUAGACAUACAAACCUGGAUAUCACAGAUGAUCUUUAAUGGGCAGAAACACAGAUUCAUUUUCAUUGUGAGUAGGAGUCCGUUAGAUAGUCCUUAUGACUGUGAAGUACUAAUACAUAUUUUCCAAAGCACCAAUUUUCAGAAGAAGGUUUGAAGGUAUACCUGAUGUUUAGGUGUGCAUGCUAAUUUGGAGUACAAUCAAUGCGGGCUAAAAAAAAAAAGAAACUAAUAAGCCAAGGAGUCACACAGCAAU